AAACAAAACACCCACUGCCCAGGAGGGUGAUUUCCUUUCCCCACGCUGCAUUACAGCCCUUGGACCCCGAGAAGGGCUCCCGGCACCGGGAGGACGGCGUCACCAUCCCGGGUGGCAGAGAGCAAGUGGCACCAGUCUUAUGGCAAAAUGUGGGGGACGCUGGGCGCUGCGGUGCAGAGCAUCCGCCCCUACCAGUCCAGCGAGCAGUACCUCUACGCCAUGAAGGAGGACUUGGCCGAGUGGCUGAAGGAGCUGUAUGACCUAGACAUCGAGGUGGGCACCUUUGUGGAGGUGCUGGAGACGGGGGCCGUGCUCUGCUCCCACGCCAACAACGUCACCCACGUGGCCAGGGAGUUUGCCCGUGACUGCCCUGGCGUGGCCUGCCACCUCCACCUGCCCGCUGCUGGCGUCGCCUGCAACCUCAUGGCACAGCCGGGCACCUUCCAGGCCAGGGACAACAUCUCCAACUUCAUCCAGUGGUGCAGGAAGGAGAUGGAUAUUAAAGACGUCCUGAUGUUCGAGACGGAGGACCUGGUGCUGAGGAAGAACGAGAAGAACUUUGUGCUGUGCCUGCUGGAGCUGGCACGCCGUGCCGCCCGCUUCGGCAUGCGUGCCCCGACCCUUGUGCAGAUGGAGGAGGAGAUCGAGGAGGAGCUCCGCCAGGAGCUGGACCUGCCGCCCGCAGACACCCCCCUGCCCCAGCCCCCCAGGAAACCGCGGGACCUCCACAACCUUGACCAGAUGGUCCAGCACCUGGUGAGCCGCUGUACCUGCCCUGUCCAGUUCCCCAUGAUCAAGAUAACUGAAGGGAAAUACCGCGUGGGCGACUCUGACACCCUCAUCUUUGUCCGAAUCCUGCGGGAGCACGUCAUGGUACGGGUUGGGGGCGGCUGGGACACGCUGGAGCACUACCUGGACAAGCAUGACCCGUGCCGCUGCACCUCGCUCUCUCACAAACAAGCCUUGAAAACCAGGACCCCCCAGCAGCAAGUGCAGCACGAGAUCCGGCUGUGCCCGGCCGCGAAGGUAGCCGCCCGUGGCCACCCCCAGCCCACGCUGCUGGUCAGCCGCUCGCAGAGCCCCCUGCCCCCUGUCACCUGGGGGGCCCGUGUGCCCCCCAGACCCCGGACCCCUAUCACCCCCUCGCCGGAGGGCUCGGGUCGCCCACCGGGUGCCAGCCCUCGCCGAGAGCCAGCGCAGCCCCGGAGAGUCCCUUCGGGCAGGGCGCGGGAGCCACCGGCUGCCCCGUCAGGGAGGCGGCCGCCACCGUCCAGGUCACCUGCUCGACCCAGCUCCCCUGGCCGCGGGGCGACGGGCCAGGCACCCACCCCUUCCCGGCUGGGUCCCGGCACGCAGGACAGCACAGGGGUCCCCAAGGCGCCACGUGGGAGCACCCCGGGGAAAACCCCUGUGGCACCGGCCCGGGGCAGGACCAGCACACCCAGCACCCAGCUGACACCAGCACCUCCGAAAAGCACCCAGCAAGGGGGCAAAUCGUCCGUGGCAGCUGCUAGGCUGCAGGAAGGGGGGGUCUCUGCCGUGGCGAAACCCCGUGCCCCCAGCCCCAUCAGGGUCUGUGCCCCCUCCCCGCACCGGGAUGCUCAGGGAGACUCACAGAGCCAGAAAAGCCCGCGGGAAGGGAGCGGGGGAGCCCUCGGCCAGGGCCAACCACCCUCACCCCGAAAUUCCUCCAGCCAGCCUCCGAAACAGGAUGGCAGCAUUAAACCCCCCAUCAAAGCCAGCCCGGCCCCCCACCGACCCCCCACCCCUCCGGCCCAUUUCGCAGAUGGGUGCAAGGUCUGUGCUGCGAGGGGGGGUCCCCAGGGGACCCGGCAGUGCCACCCAGCCCCGAGCCCAAGGGCUGGGGGUGCUGAGGGACCCGCGGUGCUGGUGGACGAACCGGGAGGAGCCUGUGGUCCUGGCGAGGGGCUCCGGGGGUGCUGGGGGCACACGCAGCCCCCUGGCUACAGCAGGGUGGUGGAGGAGCUCUCCCGCGGACGGCAGCCCCUGCGCCCCGUGGAGCUGGGGAGCUGGGUCCCCAAAACACCCCCGCAAGCCGCCCCACAGCCCACCGCCCUCCCGUCCGAGGGGGAGGCGGAGAGUCCAGGAGCGGGGGGCCAGACCCUGCGGGGAGCCAAGGCCAACAACGUCCCCAAGCCCCGUCGGUGCCUGAAGAAACCCGAGCGCGUGCCCUCCAUCUACAAGCUGAAGCUGCGGCCCAAGGCACGUCCCCGGCGGGACCACAGGCCGGGCAAGCGCCCCUCGCGCAUUCCCACCCCGCUGGGGCAGCGCCCACCCACCUCCCGGGGCCAGCAUCGCCCCCCGGCAACCCCCCGGCACCCCCAGGCUGGCGGCACCCGUCCUGGGGCCAAGCCCUCACCGGCCGACAGCAGCGCCUGGCUGACCGAGGAUGACGAGGAGGCGUGGGUCUGACCCCCACCCCAAGUUUCGCGGGGACGGACCCCUCACUCAUGCGAAGGCGGGAGCGACGCCCAAGGUCAGCACGGGCAGCGCAAUGGAUUUGCUCCCAGGCAACCCAGGGGGGUCCGCCAUCCCCCUUGCCCCUUGGAGCUGCACCCCCUCCUUCCCCAUGGUUUACUGGGGGUUUGUUUGGCUGGUAAUUCUCCCCCCAACCAGGCGCUCUUGUACUGGUUUGGGUGGAAAAAUCCAGCCCCAAAGUGAGAGAUUGGGACGCCCCACACCUGGCAUCCAAGCGUGCAAACCAUCUGGUACCUCAGGCUUCCCCGUCUGUACAACGGGACUAACGAUCCUCAUGUCUUACAGCACCGAGAGCCUUAACGAGUGUUUGAGUCACUCGGGUCGGGGGGGAUCACAGGACAUGACCCUCGCUGAGCCCCACCGGCUCCCUGAUGGGCGAAAGUGGGAGACCCUGGGGGGGGGGUCAGUGGUCACCUUGGCGGCGAUGAUCAGGGUGAUGGCUCUCACCAAGGCUCGUUGGGGUCACUGCUGCCCUCCCGAGCCUGCAGCCACGGACCCGGCAACGUUCUUUGUGCAAUAGAGACGUA